AUGAAAAUUCAGCCUUUAUCUGAGUUAUUGUCAAAUUUAUUGCAUGAACAGUUUCCAUCUACUUUUCCACUUAUUGAAUAAUAAACAUUAGCUCCAAUACCAAAAGACUUAAUCAAAAUAAAUUAGAUUUUUGGUUAUGUCCCUCUUUUUGAAUACUUAAUACUUCCUGUAAAAUAAUAAGGUUAUAAACCAGUUUAAAACUACUAACCAAAAGAUAUAUUUCAAAUGUUUAAAAACGUUAAAUUUUAAAAUAAAGAAAAAUAAUUAUUAUAAAAGGGCAAUGAUCAUUUGAGAUUGAUUUUUUUAGGUACAUGCUCAAUGAAACCUGGAUAAUUAAGAAAUGUUUCUGGGAUAAUUUUGAUGAAUGAAAAAUUGAAUUCAAAUAUAAUUUUAGAUUGUGGAGAAGGAACUUAUAAAUAGAUAACAGAUGAAAAAAUAAUGCUUAAUAAUAAACCAUUGAUUAUUUGGAUUAGUCAUGCACAUAGUGAUCAUCAUUUAGGCUUAUUACAGAUAACAUAUAAUUUACGUAAUAGCCAAAAGGACAUAUAUUUAAUAGUACCAGCAAUUGUAGUGCCUUGGCUAAUGUAUUUUCAGUAAAUUUUAGGAGAAUAGCGUAAUUGGAAAAUUAUUGUAUCACAAUAGUUUGAUGAAGAAUUUAAAGAUGAUAUAAACUAACUUAUAAUAGAUUGUUUUAAUUAAUGUAGAAUAAGAUAAGGUGAUUAAGUUUAAAUUGAAAAUGAAUAGAAUUUCUAUAAAAAUUAUAAAGAUCUUUUAGAUUGUUUAAAAGACUAAUUUGAAUUAGAUUCAAUAAAAGUUACACCUGUGGAACAUUGCCCAUAAUCUUAUGGAGUAAGAUUAAAUUUAUGUGAUGGAAGAUCUAUAUCUUAUUCUGGGGAUACAAGACCAUGUGAUAAAUUUGCAAAAUUAUCAAAAAAUGUUGAUGUUCUUAUUCAUGAAUCAACUUUUACAGACGAUUUAUAAGAAAAUGCACUUUAAAAUAUGCACUCUACUAUUUCUGAAGCAAUCAAAAUAGGUAUGAUAGCUAAUGCAAACGUGAUUACAUUGACUCAUUAUUCUCAAAGAUAUUCAAGAUAAAUUGAAAUUAAUUAAGAGAACUUGGAAAAUGAGAAAGUAGUUUUUUCGUGUGAUCAUUUUGGAGGAUAUUUAAAUGAAUAUUCUACAUUAAGCGAAUUAAGUAAAUAGAUUAUAUAAUUAUUUAAUGAAUGA